UGUAAUACCAACUGCGUACGAUUCAUAAGACACAUCCAAUGAAUAUAAAUUAUGUAACGAGUUAGGUUCCAUCGGAUUUCAAUAUACAUUAUAUAGAAUAUUCUUAUAACUUUCAUUAUGGUAACGUCUAUUUAGAUUUAACGUACACUUUAAAAAAUGAUUGUAAGUUUUCAUAUAACCUCUAUAAAUUAUAUUCUGCAUUCGAUUCAUAUGACAAAUCUGAUGAAUUUAAGUAAGAUUAUCAUUUCAGUGUAUGUAUUUUGACAGCUUCAUUCGAAAACAUCAUCGUUUGUACAACAGCACCAUGUCGAACUGUCGUCAGAAGGCCAAUCGCUUAAAAGGAAAUGUUAAAAAUUAUUAACACAAUUUUUAACAUUUCCUUUUAAGCGCGUGGUGUCGGAUUUCAUCAGCAGAGUUGCCAGGUUAUUUUUUCAAAAAUCUGUCAGAACUAAAAAAUUUAUCUGAAUUUGUCUAGGUCUACUAUAUACAAGGAAAUUUUUGACGGGCUUCAUUUUCAGUGAGCAAAAAAAGGUCUCCCCACAUAUCGUAUAGAGGUAAAAACCAAAACAAUCUAGCGAGAUCUGACAAAAUCUAGGAAAAUUUGAAAAAUCUGGCAAAAGAUCUGGUUAGUUAGAGUGUCUGGCGAAGCGAGAAAAAUUUGGCAUUUGCCAGACAAAUCUGGCAACCUGGCAGCGCUGUUCAUCAGAGAUGUCAGGUUUGCAGAUUUGUCUGUAGAUUUGCAAAAAAGAUAUUUUUCGUUCAGAGAUUUUUACAGCUCUCAGAAUAUUUUUCGGGGGACGGAUACAGCGUGAUGCGUUGGUCGAUGCCUUUCAUGCAGCCCACCUGGCGAACCCCCAAACCCGUUCAUAGGGUCAGAAAGCUUUUCUAUUCCGAGGAGGCGAAUGACUUUGAGGUUGAAACUUCUUGAAUUGAAACAAAAAUGAGUAUUUUUGCAAAUAUUCUGCUGACUUCCGAAGUUUCUGUUACAGACAGUUAGUAAAAGUUGCAGAAAUUUAAAAUUGAUUCGGUUAUGUUAUUUUGCUCGCUAAUUCACAAAAAUGAUAAUUUUCUCUGGAGCAUUUCGCAUUUGUUAGAUUACAAAAUUUAUCCUGGCACCUCUGGUUUUGAAAUUUUGCGCCAUAUCGGUUGAAUAAGAAGUUUUUUUUUAAAAUGACCUUAGAUGAAAAUAGCGGCCCUUACACGUGACAAUAUUAUUGUCAAUCCAAAGUAUUGUCAAUACCGUCAAUCCAAUUGACUUGGUAACUUGAGUCCGCAUUUUUCGAACAAAUCAAGAGUUUGAAGCUUCAAAUAUUGCAACUGAACAUUAAAACAUUCAGAGGAGAGUUCAUUGCACAUAUUUGAUUCUUUCCUCUCUGGAGAGAAAGUAUUGUCGGAUUGAUGAGCAAUUUUGAUUUUUUGACAAUAUUUUCGUCAAUCCAAUGAAGUUUCCAUUACACGAUCAAAAGUAUUGUCAAUACUCCUUGUAUUGACAAUAAUAUUGUCUCGUGUAAGGGCAGCUAAUCAGUAGUAUUUGCCGUCUGUCAACAGACAUAUCAUUAAAAAAUAACAGAGGUCCAGAUUUCAGGCUGUAAUAUUUCAUAUUACAUUGUCAAACCAUUGUGCAUUAUUAGUAGGCUUUUGUUUCGGAGCUGUUGUAGGUUUUAUAAUUUACGAGAACCAUGUCAGAAGCGGAUGAUAUCUUUGCCGAGAAUUCGACAGGUGGUUCUGAUGAUAACAGUAUUAAUGAACUUCAGGAAUCGAUUAGUAUUGAAGAGACUGAAGAUGAGUUUGAAGAAGAUAGCGAGUAUGAUGAAAUUCGCGAACGAAUCAAAAAGCGCCAGAGUCAACGGAUGUCGUUACAUCCCCGGUACUCUAAUUCGAGUGAUGGAACGGACAAUGAGGAUGAAAAGCAAAAACUAGUCGCAGAAGGUGAAAUCUUGAUUUCAUGUGAAAAUGAACCAGAAGUAGAAAAUAGGGCUCUUUCACCAGCAACACGUUUAAGUAUUACCGGAAUUCGACCGGACGAUUUAAGCUCGGAUGAAGAAGAGUUUAUUUUUACGAAGAAAACUCGUAAGGUGCUAAUUUCGGAUGAUGAGAGUGGAUUUGAACCGAAUUUAGAGGUAGACGAAAAACACGAAUCAUCCGACGACAGUCUGCCAAUGUGCAGUUUUGAUACGGAGUCAUCAAAACGUGAUUCGAUUAGUACGAAGUUAUCUUCCACAGUAGUUUCGGAAGAGAUAAAUAAUGAAUCAGUCGACAGUUCGGCAGAUAAACGUUUGUCUACUCACGUCCGUCAGUCUAUUGGUACCAAACUUUCCUCCACUGCGAUCGAUGAAAAAGAUGAACAAUCGAAACAGGACGAAAGAAACUCAUCAAGCAAUAGUACAACACAAUCCCUUGAGGUUUUGACGCUUUCCAGUGACGAUGAUGAUGGUGUACCGCAAAGAAAAACGUUAAUUCAACCUACAAUCACAAAUGCGUUUGGUAAGCGACUGGUUUCGCAAAAUUUCUAUGAUGGCAAAAUGCGUAAACUGUCGGAAUUAAAAAGCAGUCUGGUCUCGAUGGAGAAACUAACCAGAGUUGCUCCAGACUUACCCGACAAAGGAGUUGCUUUACUGAAAAGAAUGGUUGUUGUGAAAAAAGAGAUACAAGAUCUGAGUAAAGAUAUUAAAAAUAUGGAGAUACAAGAUUCAAAGAAUGUUAAAAACGAAAUCCGGAAGAGCUUUGAAAAUUCGAUUGAUUCUAGUGGACGCAUAAUAAUCGAGAGCAGAAAUACUUCCAUAGCUAGUAACGAAUCCAGCAUACAAACAUCGCGAGAGCAAUCGAAAUCACAAACCAAUGUUUCUUGGGAAGACAUCGAAAAUGCUGCUAAACAAAUUCAACCUAAGCAUACGGGUAAACAGGGUUUAGCAACUUUCGAAUCAAAGAAAACCCUUACAAUGGAUCGUUUGGCCACAUUACAUAAAUCAAUCGAAACUUGUCCUAGCGAGGACACAUUCGCCGAACCACCCAAGUUGCUCAAGAUAGAAUUGAUGAACCACCAACUGCAUGCUUUGGCUUGGAUGCAAUGGCGCGAGAACCAGAAACCACGUGGAGGUAUCCUGGCCGAUGAUAUGGGCUUAGGGAAAACACUUAGCAUGAUAUCUUUGAUAUUGAAAACAAUUGAAAUGAGUAAUCCGGAUGAGGAGAUACAGGGAGAUUCUUCAGAAGAAGAAAUCGAUGCUCAUAUCGGAUGGUUGGCAAGAGGCAGACAGGAUUAUUAUGCCGGAGGAACACUCAUUAUUUGCCCAGCGUCAUUGAUGAAACAAUGGGAAGGAGAAAUCACAAACAGAGUGACAAGGAACAGUCUAGCUGUCAUUGUCCAUCACGGAACGAACCGAGAUGUGAAACCAAGACAUCUGGCAAAAUAUGAUGUGGUUAUAACCACUUACAAUAUUGUUUCACGUGAACUUAAAGCGGAACGCAAUGGGCUCUUUGGUGUAAAUUGGGAAAGGAUCAUUCUGGAUGAAGCUCACGUUAUUCGAAACCACAAAAGUGCAAUGUCGGUAGCAUGUUGUGAAUUGAAAGGUCGCUUUCGUUGGGCACUAACCGGAACACCUAUUCAAAAUAAAGAGAUGGACAUGUACGCAUUAAUGAAAUUUUUGCGUUGUAGUCCAUUUGAUGAUUUGGCUCAUUGGAAACAGUGGAUUGAUAACAAAAGUGCAGGGGGUAUGGUUCGUCUUAAUACUAUUAUGAAAUCGAUCAUGCUCCGCAGAACAAAACAACAGCUUAAAGAGAAGGGAUCCCUACAAGGUCUUCCGGAAAAAUUCAUCCAGUUGAUUGAGGUUAAUCUUUAUAAAGAAGAAAUGAAUGUUUACCAAAAGGUGUUGCUUUAUUCGCGAACACUAUUCGAUCAGUUUCUUCGUCAGCGAGCGCAUAAAGAAAAUGCAAACUACUUUGGAGGCCACCAGCCAACAUUUGUUCGAACGAAUGAACCAAACUACGAUCGUGUCCAUCAAAAGUUGAAAGAACUUCAUACUAAAGAUGAAGUUAAGCAGUAUCAAAUCCUUGUGCUUUUACUUCGACUUCGUCAAAUUUGUUGCCAUCCGGGACUGAUCCAUCGAAUGUUAGAGGAUGAUGAUGGUAACUUCGACGUAAGUACGGUUGAAGAAGAGCAAGAUUUGGAUCUGCUUGAGCAGUUAAACAAGCUCAAACUGACCGACAAAUCGACUAGUGGUGAUGCCAAUGCGUCAAUAGAGGGUGGUAACAAAAAGUUGAAUAUUAGUGACACACCACCUGAGGUUGCUGAAGCUAUAACGAAAGCAUCGUCCAAAGUUAUGCUUCGGUCGAAUCCAGUUUUCAAUCUUGAACGAGCAAGUUCUAAAAUUGCAAAAGUUCUAGAGGUGAUAGAGGAAAAAAUUCUACAGAGCGAUGACAAGGCAGUGAUCGUGUCCCAGUGGAGCAGUAUGCUGGACAUCGUAGCUCAGCAUCUAAGCUGGAAGCGGGUGCGGUAUGUGUCGCUAACCGGGAAAGUACAAGCUAAGUACCGCAAUGACAUCGUGGUGGACUUCAAUAAACAAAGCAGCGGAGCAAAGGUCAUGCUUUUAUCGCUCACUGCUGGUGGAGUCGGUCUUAAUCUGGUAGGAGCAAAUCACUUGUUCUUGCUGGAUCUUCACUGGAAUCCCCAACUGGAAUCUCAAGCACAAGAUCGUGUGUACAGAGUGGGACAGAAAAAGAAAGUUUAUAUCUGGAAAUUUAUGUGCAAGGAUACGGUCGAACAGGCAAUCAGAGUGUUACAGGAGAAGAAACUGGGUAUCGCGAACGAUGUGCUCACUGGAACCAAGCAGACUGGAAGCAAGCUUUCAAUAGAUGAUUUGAAAACACUGUUCGGAUUGUAAUGCAAUUUCUGGAAUUGGUAGAAUGGUAGAAUUUACUGUCAUUUCCGAUCAUAAACAUUCUGCGUCAAUGUAUAUUAAGUGUAUAUAAUAACAUUCCUCAAUAUAUAUUAUGAUCUUUCUAAUUUGUUUCAAUGAUAGU